AUGGUGACAGGUCACCCUGGUCCCCCCUCCAGAACUGCAGCCACCUUUCUGGAAGUGGAAGAUGCAGCUGUAGAUCCUCAACAGGCUCCUGCCAUAGCCCAAGGCUUCCACAUUCCUUCUAACAAGAAGCCAACAGGAUGCUGCACAGUUAUGGAAGAAGACCAAAAGGAGAUGGAGAAUGCUGCUGCUGUCACCUCUCUCACCUUCCUCACCCAAGCCAGGCCUGGUCUCAUGGCAGAUGAACUCGCAAACUUCUAUCAUGGCUGCAGCUUCUGUGGGGACAGAUGCAAUGUGGAAGGUAGAAACCAAACAGAUGUUGCAAAUUUUUUUCUUCUUGCAAUAACAGAUGAUCCAGCCCUGCACCUGCUCAUCUUCAGCCUGUUUCUGUCCAUGUACCUGGUCACCAUCAUGGGGAACCUGCUCAUCAUUCUGGCUAUCAGCUCUGACUCCCACCUCCACACCCCCAUGUACUUCUUGCUCUCCAAUCUGUCCUUCACUGACAUCUGUAUGAGCACCACCACAAUCCCAAAGAUGCUGGUGAACAUCCAAGCACAGGAUCAGAGCAUCACCUACAUAGGCUGCCUUACUCAGGCCUGCUUUGUUUUGUUUUUUGCUGGUUUGGAGAAUUGUCUCCUGGCAGCAAUGGCCUAUGAUCGCUAUGUGGCCAUUUGUCACCCCCUGAAAUACACAAUUAUCAUGAACUCUCGCCUCUGUGCUCUCCUGGUUCUACUUUCCUUGCCCAUCAGUAUGCUGAAUGCCCUCCUGCUUACUGUGUCAGUGCUGCGGCUGUCUUUCUGCACAGAUCUGGAAAUAUCCCUCUUCUUCUGUGAACUUGCUCAAAUCAUCAAACUUGCCUGUUCUGACACCAUCAUCAAUAACAUCCUCAUAUAUGUUGCAGCUUUCAUAUUUGGUGGUGUUCCUUUCUCUGGAAUUGUUUUCUCAUAUGCUCUAAUUGUCUCCUCUGUUUUGAGGAUUCCAUCAGUUAGAGGAAGGUCUAAAGCCUUUUCAACGUGUGGGUCUCACUUGACAGUUGUCUCCCUGUUCUAUGGGACAGGAUUGGGUGUCUACGUUAGUUCUGCAGUUAUGGAUUCCUCCAGAAAAACUGGUAUGGCUUCAUUGAUGUAUUCUGUGGUCCCUCAAAUAACAAACCCCUUUAUUUACAGUCUGAGGAACAGAGAUAUGAAAGAAUCAUUAAGGAAGUUCUUCAGUAGAGUGUCUUCUGUUCUGUGA